UCUGUUGUCUUUUAUACUACUAUAAUAAAUAAUGGCUGAAAUCAUUCUUUCUGCCUUGCUCCCAGUUCUUUUCGACAAGCUAGCAAUUGUUUUGGAGAAACCAGCCUCUGCAGCCUGGGACAGGGUUGUUGGCUCCAAAAAAAUCCAGUCCCAGCUAAAGAUAUUGGAGGGCUCAUUACCCCCAAUCCAAGAUCUGCUUCACGAUGCCGCUGAGAAGGAAAUACAAGAUAAGCGAGUUAAAAAGUGGCUAAAUCGUCUCCAGCAUUUGGCGUAUGACAUAGACGAUCUACUCGACUCUUUGGCUACCGAUGCUAUCCACCGUGAGCUGGCUCAAGGAUCUGUGGUCAGAAAGGUAAGAAACCUCACGCCAACUUGUUGCACUAGUAGUUUUUCAUCAUUAUCUACUAAGAUGCACCGCAAGUUAAAAGAUAUUACCACCGAGUUGCAACAACUGUAUGAUCAAAAAAAUGAUCUUAGUUUGACUGUUAAAGGUAAAAGGCUGUCACAAGAUAUAAAUAGAAGUUACCAGACCUCUCUAUUAACACCUGGUAUUGUUGGACGUGAUGGUGAAAAGAAAAUUCUGCUGGAGAAGCUAUUAGCUGAUAAAGAACAAAAUGAGAAUCAAAACAACUUUAGCAUUGUGCCCAUUGUUGGUAUGGGUGGGAUCGGCAAAACCACUCUUGCUAGACUUUUGUACAACGAACCAAAAGUCAACCAACACUUUGAACUCAAGGCAUGGGUUUGUGUCUCAGAUGAGUUUGAUAGCUUCAAUAUCAGCAAACUUAUCUUUGAAUAUGUAGCCGCUGAAGAGAAGAAAUUCGAAAAUCCAAAUCUGCUUCAAGAAGCUCUUAGAAAUAAACUUGCAGGAAGACGAUUUCUGCUAGUUUUGGAUGACGUGUGGAGCGAAAAGAUUGAAGAUUGGGAUACCUUAGUGCCUCCAUUUCAUGCAACGGCCCCCGGAAGUAAGAUUAUCAUCACAACUCGAAAGGAAAAAUUGCUCCAACAGUUAGGAUACAAUAACCCGUACCAUUUGAAUAAGCUGUCACACGACAAUGCUUUGUCUUUGUUUGCUCAGCAUUCGCUCGGUGCGCCUAACUUUGAUUCAUAUCCAACACUCAGAUCAUAUGGUGAGGGCAUCGUGCAGAAAUGUGAUGGCUUGCCUUUGGCUUUAAAAUCACUUGGAAGUUUAUUGAGGACAAAAACAAAUGAAGUAAAGUGGAAAGAGUUGCUGGAAAGUGAGAUAUGGAGUUUAAAAGAUGAUGGUGGUAUUCUUCCUGCACUUCGACUUAGCUACCUUGAUCUUUCUGCACGUUUGAAGCAACUAUUUGCAUACUCCUGCUUGUUCCCUAAGGAUUAUGUUUUUGACAAGGAGGACUUGAUUCUGUUAUGGAUGGCAGAGGGAUUUUUGCUUGAAUCAAAUACUAGCAAGUCAAUGGAAUGCUUGGGUGAGGAAUACUUCGAUGAGUUGUUGUCAAGGUCCUUUUUUCAGCAUGUGCCGAAUGAGGAAUCCACAUUCAUGAUGCAUGACCUCAUGAACGAUUUAGCAACAUCUGUUGCCGGAGAAUUUUUUGUAAGGUUGGACAUUGAAAUGAAAAAUACAAUUGAAGAGCAUAGUUUAAAGAAGUACCGACAUAUGUCCUUUGUCUGUGAGAAAUAUAUGGCUUGCAAAAAGUUGAAGGAAUUCGAAAGAGCUAAUAGUUUGAGGACGUUUUUAGCAUCGGUUGUGGUGAGACGUUUGGAGGCAUUCUACUUAUCGAAUAAGAUUUUGGUCGACAUUCUUCCCAAGUUACCAUUACUAAGGGUUCUUUGUUUGAGUAAAAUAUGGAUACAGGAGAUACCAGAGUCCGUUGGUGAUUUGAAGCACCUACGGUAUCUUAAUUUAUCUCGAACAAAAAUCGCACAUAUACCCGAAACUGUGUGCAAUCUUUAUAACUUGCAGACAUUAAUCGUGUUUAGUUGUGACAAGUUGAGGGAGUUGCCAAACAGCUUCUUGAAACUUACAAGUUUACGGCAUUUUGACAUUAGGGACACUCCACUUUUGAAGAACAUGCCGUUAGGUAUUGGUGAGAUUAAAAGCCUACAAAGUCUCUCCAAGCUUAGUAUUGGGAGAGAACACGAGUUUCCAUUAAGCGGGCUAAAAAACUUGAAGAAUCUUCGCCGGAGAGUUUGCAUCAAUGGGUUAGACAAAUUGCAAACCAAUGACCAAGCACGAGAGGUGAACCUGUCACAUAUGAGGCUUAGUGAGUUAGUGGUGGAAUGGAGUGAUGAGUUUGAUGGGUCUCGAAAGUAUAGACUUGAAACAGAGGUCCUGGAUGUGCUUAAGCCUCAUAGAGAUAGUUUGAAAAAUCUUGAAAUUAUGUCAUAUGGGGGGAAAGAGUUUCCAAAAUGGGUUGGGGAUUCCUCGUUUUUUAAAUUGACUUUUGUUCGUAUGAAUAAAUGUAGAAAUUGUGUGUUUCUGCCACCACUUGGGCAGCUACCAUCACUGAAGAAGUUGUCAAUUGAAAGCAUGGAUGAUGUGAAAGAGGUAGGUUCAGAAUUACUAGGAAAUGGUCCUGCAGCGUUCCCUUCACUUGAGAUUCUAAGAUUUGAAAAGAUGCCACGAUGGGAGGUAUGGUCAGUCAAUGCAACGGGUGUUGUCGUGUUUCCAUGCCUCAAAGAGCUUCACGUAAGAAACUGUCCUAAUUUGGUAAAAGUAUCACUUGAAGCACUACCGUCGUUGAGGAAUUUAAGUGUAUGGGAUUGUGGUGAUGUUUUGUUGACAAGUCUAGUUGGUGUAGCCUCAGCAAUCACCAAGUUGGAUAUAUAUCGACUUAGUAAUGAGGUGUGGGGAGGUAUUGUAAAGCACCUUGGGACAGUUGAACAAUUGUCAAUCAGAGAAUGUAGUGAGAUAACAAGUUUGUGGGAACCCGAAGCAGUAGAGUCAUGUAAAGAGAUUCUUGGUAAUUUAAAAAAGUUGUAUAUAAUUAAGUGUGAGAAGUUGGUGAGAAUAUGGGGAAGGGGAGAUGAAGAGGAAGGGAGCAACCUCCCAACAUCUCUUAGGAUGUUAGAAAUAUUGAGUUGUAAGAAUCUUAAGCAUUUGAGUUAUCCAGACAGCAUUGAAACCUUGAAUAUCAGUAAUUGUAAGAAUUUGGAGCAUUUGAGUUGUCCAGCACAAGGAGGAGGAUGGCAGAAGCUCAAGUCAUUUGAUAUAAGGAAUUGUAACUCAAUAUUGGAGAAGGAGUUGCAAGAGCAGGUGUUAACAAUCAUCAACAACACUACCAGAAACUUCAUGCCAACUCUUGAAGUUUUACGCAUACACAAUUGGAAAGAUCUGAAAUCAGUAAAGAAAGUUACACAUUUCAUUCAGCUCGUGACAUUGGAAAUAAAAGAUUGUGGGGGAAUAGAGUCAUUCCCUGAUUUGCAGGAUCUCGUAUUGUUAAAGGAUCUGAGAAUCUGCAACUGUAAAAGUAUGGAUGGCCCUCCUCCACUUAAAAGAACAGGCAGUGGAAGUGGUGUAAAUGUAGGGGUUUGGCCUCCCAAAUUGGAUUCCUUAAGUAUAGGGAAGUUGAAGAGGCCCAUAUCAGAAUGGGGACCACUCCCAACCUCACUUGUUCAUCUAACUCUAUGGGGUGGAUUUGGAUCAUCAUCGUCAGCAGAAGAACAAAAAGACGUCAAGAGUUUUCCGACCUCACUUCUUCCUUAUUCAUUAUCAUCAUCUCUUACUGAACUUCGAUUACGGAAUUUUAAGAGAAUGGAAAGAAUAUCAGGGGGGCUCCAGCACCUCACCUCCCUCCAACAUUUCCACAUACAUAGGUGCCCGAAGAUGAAAGAUCUACCAAAAACCUUGUUGCCUUCACUUUUGUGUUUCACCAUUAGAGGAUGCCCAAACCAACUGAAAAGAAAGAUGCUGCGUAAAAGAGGCUCCUACAGGCCCCUUCUCUCUAAAAUUCCUCGUGUGGCUAUAUGGAACUGAGCAAUUACGAAGUUGGAUAAAUAUCACAUAUCAAACAGCAAGUUUCAUGUUUUAUUUUGUCAUUGCACUUCAAGGAUUAACUCAAUUCAGAGACAGCUUCAUAUGAUGGAGAUAUUGGUUGCCUGCAUUGUGUUGACCUUUUUUUUCUUUGUGUAGAAGCACAUAGGCAGCUUCAUAUCAUUGCACAACCUGCUGAACCCCAAAAGGUUUGAUAUUGGACUGCUUUGAUAUGAGUGUAUGCAACCACCGCAUUUGGGGUUUAUAAGGCCUUAUGGCUUUUCAUUCAUGUCAUAAUAAUAAGGAAAACAAUGGAACCUUCCAGCAUAAUACAGCUUUUAAAGCCACUUACUACCCA